GCGCUCUGCGCAUGCGCCCCGGCACCUGAGCGGCGGUGAUGGUCACGACCAUGUCGGCGCGGGGCGGCUUCAUGUCGCUGGUGCUGCUCUGCCUUUUCGCGUCACCGCUGGCCCCCGGCGCCGCGGGCUCGGAGGCGGCCGGGACUGUGGAGUCGCCGGGCGGCGCGGGCCCCGGGGAGCGGUUUAAGAUCGAGGGCCGGGCCGUAGUGCCCGGGGUGAAGCCCCAGGACUGGAUCGCGGGGGCUCGGGUGCUCGUGGACGGGGAGGAGCACAUCGGUUUUCUGAAGACAGAUGGAAGCUUUGUGGUUCAUGAUGUACCUUCAGGAUCUUAUGUAGUAGAAGUUAUAUCUCCUGCUCAUAAAUUUGAGCCUGUUCGAGUCGACAUAACUUCAAAAGGCAAAAUGAGAGCAAGAUAUGUGAAUUACAUCAAAACCUCAGAAGUUGUCAGGCUGCCAUACCCACUCCAGAUGAAAUCUUCUGGACCUCCUUCAUACUUCAUAAAGAGAGAAUCUUGGGGAUGGACGGAUUUCCUCAUGAACCCCAUGGUUGUGAUGAUGGUUCUUCCAUUACUGAUAUUUGUGCUUUUGCCUAAAGUUGUCAACACCAGUGAUCCUGAUAUGAGACGGGAAAUGGAGCAGUCAAUGAACAUGCUGAAUUCGAACCAUGAGCUGCCAGAUGUCUCUGAAUUCAUGACAAGACUGUUUUCUUCAAAGUCUUCCAGCAAGUCUGGUGGUAGUAGCAGUAAAGCAGGGAAAAGUAGUUCUGGAAAAAGGAGGUAGUUAUGUCCUCCUCCAGGCCUGAGUUUGCACAACUGUUUGUUAUGUGGUAUCAUGUUUGUCUUGAAAUAUCAAAAAGCCACUACUGCAACCUUUUAUUUGGCACAAAGUACGGUAUGCUACAACUGUGGUGUGUAGCUUUAUUUUUAAGGUAUGUAAGCUGCUUUGUACUUGACAGUAAGCAGAAGAGGACAUGGCUUCUGUAUGGUAUCUGUAUAAAGUUAUUGAAUUAAUGCUCUGUAGUGAAUGUUAUAAAUUAUAUGACGUGUUAAACAGUAAUGAGUGUCUGUUGUGGAAUGAAUGAGGGGUUAUGCUCAAGGGGAAAUAGCAGUAUGUUUUACUAUGUGCUGAGUUUUCCCUUGGCUGUGGCGUUGUUUUCUGUCUCUCCAAACCUGCCUUCAACCACACACAUCCAUCAUAUCUGCCACCAGACGUUGUCACUUGAGCAGGAUUAUGGGAUGGGUGAAAAUUUGGGGAAGUGGGGAAGCAAACUGUCAUGAUGCCUUAAUUGUAAGGCAGUAUGAAAACAAAUUUGCAGAUGAUAGUUCACAAUGAAGAUGGCUUUAAUGUUUUAUGUUUCUGUAAAGUUCUGAAACGAACCUCCUUUCAAAACUGAGUUGUGGGUUUACUAUGUAAUUUGAUGUAUCUGCUUGUCUAAAGUUCUAAAAUCAUUUUGUUUUUAAACUACUGCCUAAUCGCUUCUGUUCAAGGACUUUUCCGUUUUUUUACUGCUGUGUUCUGCUCUGAUCAGUUUCUGUGAGUAAUUCUUUUGUGGAGGAAAAAAAAAAAAUCAUCCAUCGUCAGAAAGACUUUUAAGUUCUGUCAAGUUAAUUAGGCAUUCCAUGUGUCAACAUAACUUGAUAAACAUUUAGCUUAGAUACUUCCCUUUCUUAACAGCAAGUAUAAUGUUUGCAACACUUGGCUCCUGCUACUUUUUUUGUGUGCUGUGUAUUCAUCUUAUCACUGCUAUGAUUUGUGGCCAAAUAAAGCACAAAAUUUAAAAAAAUGAGAGAAAAACCUUCAAAUACACUAGGAGGAUAAGUCCCACUGCUUUUCUAAAACUGUUCAAAGUUGCUCUCUUUUUAGGAAUGCAAAAUCAGUUGCAAAAUUUUGUUCUUUGAACAUGCUUGUUUUAUUUAUAUAUAUAUAUAAUUAUAUAAUUUAUAUUUAUAUAUAUAGAUUGUCUUUUUCCAGUAGCUUCAGAGGGAAGGUGGAAAAUUAGUUGUCUUCCACAAGAUUUAAUGUUUUUCAAAUUAAAAUGACAGCAGUAGCUGUCAGGAGGAAUAAACCAGUGUUGUUUUUUGGGUGAUGAAAGAAAGUUUUUGUCCUUGCAAAGUGAGCACAGUAAACUGCACAUUUUGUUAUUGCUAGUUUUGUUUUGUUUUAGUUGAGUUGAUCUUUUUUUCUAUACAGAAUAAAAUGCAUCCAGUACAUACAAGAGCCUCUUCAGAUAUACUUGUUAGAAGGAUUUACUGAAAGGAAUGCUCAACAAAAGUCAUGUUGCUUUUGAAAAAACAAACCACUUCUUUCAGCAGCAUCUUAUUGAAGAACUUAUGGGAAAUACAUGGAGCUGAUCUUUGAAGAUGGCACAACUAGUUUUGUUAUGCUGUUUUGGAAAGACAAGCAGUGAGUUAGUUUUCUUUAACACUGAGUGGUGUGACGGUGAAAUUGCGUUAGCUUGUUUUAAUCACAGUUUAUUCAGUAGUUAAUCAUAACGACAAGUUUUGCCUUUUUACAGAGUUCAGAAUAGGAACAUUUCUUCCUUUUUCAUCUUGUUUGUUCAGGGUCUCGAUUCAUUCUUCAGGGAGAAUGGAGAAAUUUGUUUUGUUAAGAGGUCAGAAUGGGGGAAAUGAAGCAUCUCCACUUAGUUGUUAUGGUAUGUAAUUGCGUACAAGUUGCAUAUGAUCAGCAGCUGUGAUUCUGUCAGAUAAUAACUAGCAGUUCCUGUACGUUUGGGAAGCAAGCAAACAAGUAGAAGAUUUUUCCUAACAGUGAACACCAAUACUUUUCCUUUUUCAUGGUGUGAAACAUCUGUUGUGCAGUUACCAUCCUUUGUAUCUGGACAUUUGUCAACGUAUAUUAUGCUACUGUAUGAAAAUUGUCAACCAAGUAGUACCUGCAAUUAUUCUAUGAAAUGAGUGGUGGAGUUGGGUUGGGUUUUGUCAGGAUUAUGGGUGUUUCUGGUUCUUUUUUUGUUGCAGUUGUUUGUUUUCCAUUUCGUGCAGCGUUGUAUGGAUUUCUUUAUUUCUCUUGUAAUGAGUUGUCCUAAUUGUUUAUAUUGUGUGCAGUAAGGGACAAAAAAGAAAUGAUUUAAAAAUGAAGAGAACUGUAAAAGCACACAAGUAUGGUGGCAGCCCUGGGAUUACUUGCAGUACUGAAACUUAAUUUUUUUUAAUUGACUGGAUUUCAAGUUGAAUUUUAUUUUUGUAUACAAAUUAUAUGUGAAUGAGUUAUAAAAUGUGCACCUGUCCACUUGUUAGAGCACUUAUACCUAAUAAUAAUAUUUUUUGAAAUAACUUCAGUUCCAAUAUGUUUGCAAGAAUAUAUUAAAAAUAUCUGUAUUUGCAAAAAUUAAAAAAAAACAAAAAAAAAAAAAACAAAAACUUUGCUCACAGUCUGCUUAUGGACUGACUAAAUAAAAAAUGUGUUAUUACUCUUUAAGUGCCAAAAAGCAAUUAAUAUCAGUUGAGGAAAAAAACAAACAUCAGAAGUCUUUAACCAUUUCAGUGUCCAUAAAGGCAGGACCUUAUAUCUGAAGAGAUGUUUCAAACUCAGUACUGUGUGAUGGUACUGUACUCAAAAAAGUUCUGUGGGAAUAGUAUUUAGUUUUAGCCUGUUUCCAGGUGAAAUGUGGAAGGAUCUUUGAAGUCACAAAUAGGGUUGUUUUUUUGUUUGUUUGUUUCUUUUUGUUUCAAAAUCCAUAUGAAAUUAUUAAUGCUCUAGCAUCAGAAAUACUAAAGAUACUUCAGGAAAUGCUUGUCUACUUUUAGAACUGUAUUGUUCCUUAUUAUGUCGGCAGCGACUUGUGUAAUGCUUUGUUUCCAAUAAGGUUAUGAAGAUUUAAUGACAACAUAAUUUUCUGUGCAAGUGGAACUUAACUAGUUAUCUCUUUUAUUGAUGAUGCACAGACACAGAUUGGAGUUGAGCUCAUUUUUAUUAAGUGUUUGGUUCUGCGUGGCUGAUAGGAAUGAAAAUUAAAGUCUGUCAUUCAGUCAA